AUGCCUUCAAAAGAUUUUAUGAACCGGAGGAAACGACAAAAGCGGCGUUUGGAUGGUGGUAAGUUAGGUAGUGUUGCAACCAAAAGUUGCAAGGUUGAUGGUGUUUCCGAUGAUGGUAAUGUUUUGAAUGUUAAUUCACCCGGGGUUAGUUUAGGUGAUGGUAUUUUAGAAAGUGUAUCAAUGGUUGAUGGUGCUGAAUUACAUUCAAAGAAUGUUUUGGUUGAGAGUGAAAGUAAUGAGAGAAAGUCGGUUGAUGGUGUUUUUGAUAGGGGUUCUUUGGUUGAUGGUUCGUUAGUUGGGAGUUCUUUUGGAGAAAAUUUUGUGGGUGAAAGUUCUUUAGUUGAUUGUUCUUUGGAUAAUAGUUCGUUAAACUUGAAUGAUUUAAAUUUAACAGGAGAUUUUGACAAUGUUUCGCUAAGUAGUGAAGUUUCUUAUGAAAGAACUAAAAGGGGACGACCUAAAAAGUUAAAGCGUAGUACAGGCCGACCAAAGAAAUCCAAUGUAAUUGAAAAUAGUUGUGUUAUGGAAGUAAGUAAUAAUGUUCAAAAUUUUAUGCCAGUUCAGGCUACAGAUAUUCCUAUGGGUCCUGUAUCGCAUUUAGCAGGUCCUGUAUUGCAUCCAGAUAAUAAUACAACUAGCAACAUAGUCCAUGCUCCUGUAUUUUUGUCUAUUGAUUUGUUAGAUAUACCUUUUGGUCCAAUGCCUGAUAUUGAAAAUAGAAUUUUUACCGACGAUAUUGUUUUUUCAAGGCCCGAAAUUAUUAGUUUGUGGUCAGAUCCUACUGUGUGGUUACAGGACAGUUUCGUUUUUAUUUAUUUAAAAUUUUUGUCGUAUCGUUCCCAUUUAAAUGUUGUUGUUGUUUCGCCCCACUUUAUUGUUGUUGAACACCAUUUUGGUCAGGGUGUUGAGCCUCUUAAUAUUUUUGAGUAUUGUUAUAAUUAUAACCAGGAUUAUGAUAUUUUAUUAAUUCCAAUUAUUUUUCCUGGUCAUUUUGGGUUGGUAAUUUUUGAUCGUUCUGAUCGUAAUAAUUUUUCUUGUAUUUUUGUUGAUUCUUUGCCUUCUGUUAAUCGUUUAACUGAUGUCACUUGUGGUGUUUUUGAUCAAAGACGUGUAGAUUUAAUUAAAAGUUGUAUUUGUGAUUUGACACCUGGUCUUUUUGCUGAGAAUAUAAAUAUUCAAGUUUUGUCCCGUUCCCAAUUUACUGAACAAAGAGAUGGGAUUAGUUGUGGGUUUUUUGUUUGCCUUUAUUCUGAAUUGUUUUUGUUUAAUAAUAAAUCUUUAAUGAUUCCUAAUUUAAAUAUUCAACAUGAGAGGAAGCGUAUUUUGUGGCAUCUUUCGCAAUUGAUCCUUUCGAAUGAUAUUGAUUAUGUUGGGAUUUUUGAUUAUAAUCCUAGAAAUGCACCAGUGAAUGAUAAUAUAAUUGCGUUGUUAAUGAUUGUCCUGUAUUGA